CUACAGUAGUGUACAAGACCAGAGCGACGAACGUUUCCGAAGCCGGGAAGAGAAGCUCGUACUGUAACAACAUGCCGGAGGUGCCUCUGGCUGACCAGCGCGUUGAUGGCCACUGCCCCUCUGAGCGUGGGGAACGGGGACCCUCUAAGCCGAUUUGCCGCUCGUACUGUACUGGAGACAAACGAUCCUGCACGCAGCAUGAAGACGGCGGCAUGCCGCCCUCCAGCUGGACUGUGGCAAUUGCCGCCGCUAUUAGCACAUGUACUGAUCAACUUGGCGACUGCAUCACGCUGCUGCUGUUGCCUUGGAACAAAGGUUUCGCGUUUCUGUGCAGCUUCACCUUCUGCUGA